CCUUGUGUCCACACACAGCUUCCCCAUCUCUCUCACUCACCACUUCAUUUCCUCUCUCUUUUCAUCUCCAAGCUUCAACCUUUAAGUCUUCCUCUUAUGGGUGAGUUUUGAUGAAGCUCUGAAGGGAGGUCACUUUUAGUGAAAAGUAACCUGUAUCAUGUCUGAUCAUGUUAUACAAUCAGAUCAUGAUGGUGAUAGAAUGCGUAGACAACCUAUGCAUCUUUACCAAUCGGUCUGGAUGGCUCACUGGACGCAGACAAGUUGUAAUUCUGAAACCCGGGAUGAUAGACCUUUAUCAUUUCAUUGUCAGUGCAAAGAAGAUGAUUGUGAUUCUAAGCAACAUGGACCUGAGAUACAAUCUGGCAUUUCUAAACAUGCCAAAGAAUUUGGAGAAGUUCCUGAAUCUAGAACAGAUAAUAUUAUGGAUGAGAAUCUUAAACUGAGUUCGAUAAAAAGUGGAAAAGAAAUAUUACAGAGCCAGUUCUUUCCGAAGUUCAGUCUUUCUAAAAAGGAGAGUACUAUGCCACUGAAGAAUGUCUCGACCUAUCAAGGGGCAGUUCCUGAAAUGGGAACAUCUGGAGAAUGUCAUUUCCAGCAUGAAGGUGUCACAGGGGAUCAGGAGCAGCGGGUGAAAUCUCCUGAAUCUCUUGCAAAGAAAAGCUUAGCUGUUUCAACAUCUUUUCAGCAUGACCUGGGUUCAAGUUCGAAAAUUGUGCCUUAUAGAUACAACAGUAGGAAGCCUCGAAUUCAUUCCUUAUGCAGGCAAGAAGAGAUUAAUCAAACAAGCCCAGUUGUUGCAUCUGAAGAGCACUUCAGAAAUUCUAAAUUUCAAAGCUGUUCUACAUCUUUGGUUCAUGAUAAGAAAAUUGAUGACCUGUUAGAUUUCAGAAGAUCUGGGACUUCAUCCUCGAGGCAGAAUAAUAUGCAUCUGUUACUGCAUGAACCCUCAGCAAGCAACAAUCAGCUACCCGUUUUUGUUGGUAAAAAGAUAGAAAAAAGGCAAAAUCAUUCUGGUGCUACAUUGUUUCCAAACUGGAGCAAUCCAAUAGAUGCAACCAAAACAGGAACUUCAUUUAAUGAUUUUUUCUCAGUACCAAGAAUCCCACGAUCUCUUGAUGAUGUGGAGACGAUGAGGAUAUGUACCACUGAAGGGCAUCCCAAGUUUUCUGAGACUACUCACCAUUUUCUAAUCACUAAGAAGACUGAUGUUAACUCGUCAAAAGGAAGUGAAAUGUUUAAAGAAAAAAUGUUCGGCAAAUUCCUCAGUCUAUCGCCUGAUUUUGGUUUCAGUGGCCAGCAAGGAGUGAAACUCCAACCUCUAGGGAGCACCACAGAUAGCGAGGAAAAAAAAAAUAUUGGAGAUAUCAAGACUUCUGCAGUUUGUUUAAAGAAUGAGUCAUCAGCUGACACUGAUACCAUGGACAUGGAUGUUUUCCAGAAGAAUCAUUUUUCUGUUGUGGUUUCUUCGCCAACUAAUGAGGUAAUUGUGCUAUUCUGAUCUGUCAAAUGACAUAUACUUGCACUAAAAUUUGAAUUACCCCAUUCGAUCCAGUACUUUUUUUUUUUGUUUUUUUGUUCUUGCUUAUUGUAGUCACAAUUUCUAUCCAGCACCUGAUCAGUGAGAUAGUUAUCUAAUGUGCGGGUGAUUGAAAGAUGAUGGGUUAUAUGGUCUAUGAUUCUUCUGGUUUAUCACUCAAAUCAGUGUUCCUAAAGACAUUGAAAUAUGCUAAAUAUCUUAGGACUAUCUUCUUUUUAGUUGCUUUUUAUUUCUUCCAAUUUUUUUUUUUUUUUUUCAUUUGUUAGUACACUUGUGUGUAUAACUCUAUGGGUGCUGGUGGAAUAUAUUGAGAAUAUAAUUAGAUAACAUUAGUUUCUAGUGUUGGAACACAACAAGUGGAUGUCCAAGGAAUUUGGAGAAAUGAUUGUAGCAUUUUAGUUUUCUGAGAACCAGUCUGAUUAAAAUUAAAUGUUAGAAUGGGGAGAAAUUAAUAGAUGCUGGCUUAUGUGUUCAUUGGUUAGUUGGUAAUACGGGCUUCAAGUUGAUUAUACCAUUAUUUUAUCUGUUGAUGUAUAAGGAGUGCAUGUUGUGUUCAUUGGGAAUCCCUUAGAUCUUAGUAAUGACUGGAAUUUUGUAGGUUAU